CUCCAAUGCAGGAAGUGUAACAAACUUGCAAUGUAUCUGCUUUAAUCAUGCUGCACUAGGUAAGUGUAUACUGCUAUAUCCUUAGUGCACUUAGCUGUAUGUGCUGUGUUCCAUGGCUGGAAUUUGGAAUCUUCUUAAUUGCUAAUAAGUCUUAUCACCUGCUCAAACCUAGUACAUAGCAGUUUGUUUUGAGAAGUUUUGCUUUGUUUAUAAAAAUGUAGAGGUCACCUUUUGGCUCUCUGAAACACAGUUUGAGUGAUUUAUACCAUUGCUACAUUAUGGGUUUGACUUGUUUAGAUAUUUAUAACUUAUUUUUAUAUUUCAAUAGCACUUGUUAUUUGUUAAUGUUAUGCACAAAUAUCUGUAUGCAGUGUGUAUGUAUUUUUUUGUUUGUAAUUCUCAAUAAAUAAGCGUGUUGACAGACCUGAUUUCAUGCAAGAAAUUGAUCAAUUACAUUUAUAACGUGAUGGUUUUAUUUACCAAAUUGUUAACUGUCGGGAAUUAAAACAGGUGAACAUUGCCAGCAGUUCCAUCUUAACAGCAUUAUAGGCGCCCGGGCAAAGCAGUGCAUCUCACACGAAUAUAAAUGCAAGUUAUCGAUAAAUAUAAGCUUAUAUUUAUUGGUACCUCCAAUAAAAUCAAUGUUUAACCCUAUCGUGACCUCGGACGUAUCAGGUACGUCCAACAAAACCCCUUAAGGACACAUGACGUGUUUUUAUUCCAGAAGUUUGGUCCUUAAGGGGUUAAGGACCAUGGACAUACCUUCCCCCCCACCCUCUCCCUCCCUCCGUAGAACAUGUUGUAGUGGUUAUGGUGCAUUGAGUUCUACUUUAUUUUUCAAAUUUCGAUUUAACUUCGCAUGAAUUGUGUUUUUAGUAAAUAAUCAAAUUAGCAUCAUGUGAUUUUUCAGGAUUUUGAUGAUUUAUUAUUUCUGUCAGGCAGUGAUGAGUCAGGAAGAAUGUGUUAUUCAGAUGUAUAGAGCCGCCAAUUGGAAAUUGCAGGACUCCCUGACACACACUCUUAGACAUGCAGACAGAUACGUUUCCAGACACAGGCGCACACACACAGAAACACACACGCAUUCACAGCUACACAUAUGCACCUCAAACAAAUACAAAUAUGCAUUGUCAGAAACUUUCACACAAAUUACAUUGCUAUAGAAACACUGCUAGACACACACGGAUUUACACUGUUAGACACACAUUCCCAGAUACAAUGCACACAUACAGAACAUAGGAAAGGGUGUUUUACAGAAACAGCAAUAAAGAUGUGGAAUUCUCUGUCUAAAGAAGAUGAGAUGCUAUAGAUUUUUUUUUAUUUUUUAAUGGCCUCGGAUGCUUUUUAGCAAGAGAAAAAAAUAAAGAAUAUUUAGUGAUAUCCUUAAUCUGUACUAGAACAUGUUGUUGAUCCAAGGAGAAGUCUGAUUGCAAUUAUGGAGUCAAGAAGGAUUUUUCAACUUUUUGUGACACCGGGAGCUGUGCAGGAGGAAGAAGAGGGAGUCCGAGUGGGAACUCUGACUCCCAUCAGGCUUUUGCACCAAGGCCCUGUGGUUUCUAGUUACGCCUCUGUAUGUACAUAUAGAUUUUGCGUGCUCCCCCAAAAUAAAUACUUACAUGUAUAAACAUGCAAUAACGUACAUAGACACUCAAUUACACACACACACACAGUCUGUUUCAACAAUGCAUCCACACUUUCUCCAUCCCUCUCCAAGUAAAUGUACCAUGAUGCUCCAAUCUUAAUCCCCCUCCCUGGCUGAACACAGUCCCUUAUUUGCAUGAUCAGUUCUACUCCUGUAUGUUUGUGUGACACUGAUUGUCUCACCAUAGGUCAGUUUCUUACUGUUACUGCAGAAUGAGCAGAGUCAAGGAAGAGGACCUGCAGAGUACAACAUUUGCAGCCAGUGUUGUUUUUUUUUUGUGCAUCUAUUUUCUAUUAUAUAUAUAUAUAUAUAUAUAUAUAUAUAUAUAUGUGUGUUGUCUGUUAUAUAUAUGUUGUCUGUUAUAUAAAGGGUUACUCCAACCACCGUGACCACUUCAGUGAUUUGAAAUGGUCAUGGUGAGUCUCGAUGUGCAGUGUUUCUGCUUGAACCACUGCACAUCCAGAGAUAUUUUAAUUGCUGUGGACUAGUUGCUUUACCAGUACCCGUGACAUUAGCAACCUGGAACUCUGUUCCGGGAUGCUGAAAGGGACACUCCAGACACCAAACAACUUCAUCUAAAUGAAGUUGUUAUGGUGCCAGGAGACCCCAGAGCCGCUAUCACCCUUUAAGGGGUUAAACCAUUCUCAAACAGGUUAACCUCUAAGUUGCCUACAGCGGCGAUGUCCACUCUUCCCCUAGCUGCAUCAUGUUGAGAGCGGUUGGCCAAUCAGUGAAUCCCUAUUCACUAAACUGGCUUGGAAAGAAAUGUACCUUUCUCAAGACAGUUUUGUGAAUGGGGAGUCACUGAUUGGCUGAGAACGAGAGAUGACAGCAAUCAGCAAUUCAGCGGUGCCACUGCCCAGCGGCACUCCGCAAAUCCUGAAUCUGCAAAUUCUGAAGCUGGAUGUCACCAGAGGGGAAGUGGACAUCGCCGCUGUAGGCAACUUAGGGGUUAAAUCAUUCGAGAAUGGUUUAACCCCUUGAGAUGAGUGGUUCUGGGGUCCUCCUGGCACCAUAACAACUUUAAUUGUAAGAAGUUGUUUUAGUGCCUGGAGUGUCCCUUCAAUGUCACUGCUCGCUGCUGUCAGAAGUUAAAAUCUCCUGCCUCCCUCCCUUCGCAGGCCCAUAGCACCCACAUGCGCUCUGAGCUUAAUAGUGUCCCCUUUAGGACUGAUAAAUGUAUUCUUUAACUAUAUCAUUCUUUUUUUGUUCAUUUUCUAUGCUAUAGGGGUUGGAGAUAAUUUUUUGAAUUUAUUUAUGAAAGUUUUUAUUACUUUUAACGCCUGCUUGCCAGUCCCAUGUACUGAAUAUUAUUCAAUCUAUAGGUUAAAAUGAACAAAUCCCUGGGCAAUCAGAUGCAGAAAUUGCUUCCAAGAAUCAGCAAAAGUUGGAUGUCAUAUUAAGAUCAUUCUCUGCUGUAGAAUUAUAAAAGGUGAGUGGCUAUGAGUAUGAUGUACAUUUUUCAUAUUGCAAUUACUUUGUUUACAGUAUAACAUCGGUUUGUGUUAUAUUAGAUAUUUAGAUAUUUGCAACUUGGGUUUUCAGAACCAUCUGUCAUUUAGAACAGAACUGGGAAAUCAUGGAAAGUGGUUUGGGAAGAUCCGUUUCUCAAACUGGGUUAGAUGCUCCUAAAAGUCAUUUUCAGAUGUAUGCUGCCAACGGGAGGAACAUAGGCGUGCGCACGGGGUGUGCCGGGUGUGCUUAGACACACCCUAAUCCCCGCGGCACGUGCUAUGUGCCUCCCUCCGUGGGCAGGUGAGGGAGAUCAAAGAUCUCCCUCACCAGCCCACAGGCAGGGAGGGAGGCAGGAGAGGACCCGGGGAGCGCUUGUCAGCAGCUCCGCCGGGUUCCUCUCGCGUGGUCGGAGCCGCGGCAACGCUCAGAUCUCGCUAGAGUGAACUCUAGCCCCACAGGGGGCUAGAGUUCACUCUCCACUGGACUGCCAGGGAAGGCAGGCGCACGAUCCCCCCUCCCUACAUAAGGUAAGAAGGGAGGGGGGAUAUUAACUAAACGGCCCCCACACAUUACACACAAACAUAUAGCACACACACCCUUACACUAACAACACCCUUACACACACAGCACCCUCACCCAUGCACACACUAAAAGCAGCCUCACACACUAACAGCACCCUUACACACACAGCACCUUCAUACACACACAGCACCUUCACACACACACAGCACCUUCACACACACAGCCCGCCCACACACAGCACCUACACACAGCACCCUCACACACACACAGCACCUUCACACACACACAGUGCGCCCACACACAGCACCUACACACAGCACCCUCACACACACAGCAGUGUGUGUAUAUGUAUGUGUGUGUGUGUGUGUAUGUGUAUAUGUAUGUGUAUAUAUGUGUGUGUGUGUGUGUGUGUGUGUGUGUGUGUGUGUGUAUAUAUAUAUAUAUAUAUAUAUAUAUAUAUAUAUAUAUAUAUAUAUAUAUAUAUAUAUACGCGGCGUGUGUGUGUUUCUGCAAUAAGCUGCGCACGCCUAUGGGGAGGAAUGUUGAUACUUGGAGUCAUUUUUAGAGUAACCUGGCUGUAAAAUACUACUUGGUUAGAAACCAUUGAUUGAAGUGUAAAUAUAUAACACAUUCUGUAUGUGUUUGCAGAUGAAAUGUGUACUUAUUGCUUCCGAGGGGGCUGAAGUCCUUUUCUGCUGGUCAGAUGAAGAAUAUGAAAACCACUUGCGUGCAAAAUACUGUUCAUUGGAUGAAACUCCGGUAACAAGCAACUGGCACAUUGUAUUGAACGUCAAUGUAUGGAAAACAGAUCUUGGUGCCCACUGGUGACCCUUUAUAUGAAGAGACACUUCAGUCUGGGUUGGCUUCCUAUUAAAAUCGAAUUUAAAUCCUAUUUAAAUAAAAAAUAGAGAGAGAAUUUUUUUAAAUUGUGAAUUCUCUAAAAUAUGGUCAUCCUGUUGUUUAAAAAAAAUAUAUAAUUUUAUAUAUAUAUAUAUAUAUAUAUUGUUUUCAUUGUUGCUGCUAUAGCAUUACAUGAUAAAUCCCGACACAUUAUUUCUUGAAUGGAACUAGACUUGGCUGCAGAUUGGUGGAGUCUCAAACCAAGCUCUCGUAGAUAUCUAGGAGGUAGAAUGUCUAAGGUUGCAGGAACUCACAUGGAGUGUGCAUGCGUUGCUCCAUACACAACCUUACACAUACAAAUCUUUGUAUUUAUAAACCAAUGACUAAGGGAGGCACAGAUAGGUUGUCUGUUUUGCACCAUAACCAAUGGAAGGGGUCUGGAAUGUUAAGUUGCUUAGUUGUCCCUUUAUUACUACAUAUGACUUUAACUUAUUAGUGAUCUGGAGAUGGUCUUUCAAAUGUAGUGUUUUGCUGAUGCUCAUAACUUUAUUUUUUUUUUAUUUUAAUACCAACCACUUGGAGCAUUUUUUGGGGAAAAAGCAACAUUAUCUGUUGGCACCAAAUCCCCAGACAUAUUUUUUUGUUUGAGAUCUAACGUUAUCAUUUAAGUAGUUGAAGAACUUGUUUCCAUUAGCUUAACUGUUUGUCCCCCAUGAUUAAAAUUUGACCCAGAUGUGCAACUAUUGUUUACAAACAUCUGCAGAUUUUUACUCACUAGAGGCACAUCUACCCCUGAUACUGUAUCUCGGAUCCAUUAUCCCAUAACUGAGAGGAGACCUGUUUGCUAUGGUUACUGAAACAGACAUUGUAUUCAAACAUUUUGCUUUUUUAAAAUGUAUCCAUGUAUGCAAGGCUGCAUGCAUUUCUCUGUUCAUUGUCUUUGUGUCUCGUAACGUUACGCUUUUUGAAAAACAUUUUUUUCAACUUAAUACAUUUGAUGAAAAAACGUUCUUUGGAGUUUGGUGUUUAAUCUGUGAUGUGUCGAUUUUUGUUGUAUUUUGGACAUCUGAAACUUCAUUUUAGUAUUCUUUUUUUUCUCUUCUUUGCAGGCGCUAUCCAUAGGGGACACCACCAACACACUCUUUGCUCCUUUAAUAAUCUCCUGUGUGACUCUGCUGGAAAAAAUCACUGAUACAUAUACGUGUUUCACCUCGGACAAUGGCCAUCUCUCUGUCCUUCAUAUGGUAUUAAAAUUAAUGGACCAAACUUGUACCUGCUGAUCGAAUAAAGCUAGUUUAAAAAAAAAAAAAAAACUUUAUUAUUUAUUAAAGCUCUGACAUUUUAUACAAAAAAAAUCAUCCAAACUUUCCAAAGAGUAUUUGUCUUUUUGGAAAGGAACCCGGUAUAAAUCCGGUCAUAAUAAAAUGGAUUGUGUAAAUAAUCCUAAUGACCCACAAAAUAAAACUAUUCGUUGGAACUGGGAAAGAAAUGAAAUGGGAUUGUAGUCACGCUUUUUGGAAAACACAAGGAACUAGGCUUGUAGUGUAAGAUAGGAACAUGUUGUGUGACCUUAAAAGGGACACUCCACUGGCCAAAUAAAGAUUUAUUUAUUUUUAAAUCCCUCUUUAGUAGAAAUAAGCCCCAAUGAAAACGUGCACAGGUUCAUUGCUGCAUUUCUUUCACUGGGAGUAUAUCUAAUAAGAGCUUUAAAAAGCUGCAGAUCUCUUGUCUGCAGUGUUUGCAAGACCUAAUACCCAAAAUGUGUAUCAAUAAAUCUAAAACAUAAAACCUUUAUUUCUAUAUUUAUUACAAUUGAAGUUAAGGACUGCACAACGUGGGGAUAACACUGUACUGGUGUCUUCUCCAUGUUGUGCAGUCCUGGCUACAAAUUUUAAAGCUGUUGCAGCUAUAAUUGAACACUCAUUUUCCAGCAAGUUCCACAACUCCAGAAAGUUAUAUUUUGGAUCAACGGCAAAGGACAGGUGUUGGGAAGGCUGAACUUGAUGGACGCAAGUCUCUUUUCAGUUGUGUAACUAUAUUUUGUGUAAUUUAUAAAAGUGCCAAUUUCUAUUGAAAUCUACCCUUUUUGCAAAAUGGAAAAAAACACAAAACAGUCUUGACACACAAAGAAUCUCAGCAAGCUAAAGUGCUUCAGGUGUUUGGAGACGCUCGGUUCCAUCUAUCAUAGAUAGUUUAGAAGAUUAAAGUCUGGAGUUUUUCACUGUGUAUAUUUAUCAAUGUGUAUUAAAUAUGUACAUAUCGUCCUGCAAUUUCGUCUAAUAGUUUAAUGGGAGGGUCAAGAAAUGAAACCUUGUCAUCCGUCACAUCCUCUUUAAUUAUAUUCUGUGACACAGAUUAAAACCUUCUUGUUAGUCUGUAGUUUUAAACCGAUAGCACUCUACAAAUAUGACAUUAUUACAUUUUUUUCCUUUAUCCCUGCAGUUUGGAGGAUGUCUAUACAUAGCAGUAAAUGGAGAUGGAUUGGAAAAUGAGGAUGACCUUCGUAGAAAGCUUUAUGUCCUGAAGCGUCUAAGUGAAGUCCACUUUGGCCUCGUCACCUUUGAUAGCCAACUCAUUAAAAAGGAGUAUGUUUGUUUCUAUGUUUGCAAUAGUCCGUCUCACUGUUUUAAAAUGGUGUCUUUUUUUUUUUUUGGGUACAGAGAGAGUGUUUAUUUUAUACAAAUAUAAUAUGCAUGCAGAAAUAUGUUUAAAGUACAACUUUCAUGUCUAUCGUGAAUUAGGUCUCCUUUAAUUUCAUAAAUUGCAGAAAAUUCUUCAAACGUAUAGAGUUUGAAAAAAAAAUAAAAAAUUCCUUUUUCGGCACACACUACCAUGCCAAUUAGAAUUGGAUUGAAGAACUAGAGAACUCUUCUUCAGGUGUCACCUUUUUCCUUCACAACAGCUACGUGCAUAGUAACACUAAAAUAACCUCCUACCAGACUAAUAAAGAAAUAGUCACAGCCUUGGUUCCAUUCACAAUUCAUUGCGCUGGCAUUAGAUUCAGCUCAUGGCAUAUGGGUAUUGUACCCCUUGUGUGACAUUGCUUCCCAAGGAAGGGAAAUUAGAUAGGAGGUAAGAGGGAAUAUGGGGAGCAGGUGUUAUAGCUACUGUAACAACUCCAAAAAUGGAACCAUUUAUGCCAUGAUAGUGCUGGAAUGGAACAAAGUCAUUUAAUCCAAACAUAUGAAAAUAUAUCUUCUAUAUGUUAGUUGUAUAAGGAAUACUAACUAGUAAAGGAACCUGUCGUAAUCUUUAUUUUUUUUUUUUUUAAACUCAAUGAAAUUAUUUUCAGUGUUAUAUGACAUCGUGAUGGUGUGACAUCAUGCAAUGCAGAACGCUUAAUGGCCCUCCCUUGUGUCCCCAUGCAUAGCAAUUAAAGGGUAACCAAACACAUUAAAGCAGUCCAUUACCUUCUUCCUGAACACCCUUAGCACCUGCUCUGUCUCUGCCUUCUCUGACGUCCGCGCCGAGUGGGGGGUCCUAAUGUGUAAGCUCUCCAUGUGCACGUGGCCUUGAAUCAAUGCUUUGCUCUAGGGGAUUUCAAGAUAAACCCCAUAGAACAGCAGGAAGCGCCUCUAGUGGCUAUUUGGUAGACAGCCACUAUAGGCAGUCUUAACCAUGCAAUAUAAACUGUGGUGUUUUAUAGGGCAGGAUUAAAAGGAAAGAGACACUGCACCCAGACCACUUCCAUGAGAUGACAUGGUCUGGGUCCAACAGUGUCCCUUUUAAAUCUUUCCAUUUUCAUUUAUAAAUUGUAGCUAUGGAUUGUGUUACUAUCUAUCUAAGCCUUCUAUGCUAUUAUCUUCAUGAGAGAAUCUCUUGUGAGCCACAUGCCAGAUAACCCAACUAACAGCAUAUUAUAUGGCCAGAGAGAGAUGAUUUGCUUAAGGUUCUAGACGGAGGUCCAUAGGACAUGGAAAGUCUGGGAGUUUGUAGGUAAUGUCACCUUAUGAUCGCUAAUUACAAACUGAAUAUAAUAUAUGCUAAGACGUUUCAUGAUGCACUCACACUCCAUGAACAUUCAGAGCUCCUAGAGCAGGGGUUAGAUCCAGAUGUUGAGGACACAAUCACCCAUAAUGCUCUUACAGCCACAAUGCUGGUAAUACCUCGAGGGCGAUGUAGUCCACAAGAUCUGGAAUGGCAAAGAUUGCCUCACCUGGAUUGGAGGCUACGGGUGAAAACAUCUUUGUCCCAAAAACGGAGACUAUGCCUUCUAAAGUGGUUUGGAAGGUGAGACCUGAUUUAAGGAUCUCUUAACAGAUAAUCCAUAACUAAUAGGAUAGUACCCAUACUGUUUGUGCCUUUAAAGGCAUUACUUUUUAAAAAUAUAUUUUGUUUUUUAUUCUGCUGCAAUAUAUUUUCCAGUUGUACAAUGAGUAGGGAAAAACCCUUCCUAUUAAAUUUAUGUCAGUUCUAAAAGAACAAGAGGCAAAGGUUAUGAUGGGUAUGCUCAAUCAAGCCUACUGCACAAAAAAAUAUUUUAUAGAGCUUUCCGUGCAGACACAGGUGUUCCAUGGUUUACAAAAAUCAAGAUUGUAAAUGAGAUGUGUUUUGUUUUUUUUAUAACAGAUUGAAAUAACAGAUUUACACUCAAAUAAGUGAAUAAACCGUUAUUAAAAACCUCACUUAUAAAUCUUAUGUAUAAGCGCAGAUGGAAAAUACAAAGGAUAUUUUUUCACUGAUGGUAAAAUUUAAAUUUCAAGUCUAGACUAGAUGCACUGGCUAUAGUCUCUGGGUGGGUUACAAUAUCUAUUGAAAGAUUCCGACUGGUUUGAUGCCUUGUAGUUUCUGUAUUUGAAGUACACUGUACACGUACCAGUUGUGAGAGGGGUUAAGGGUAGGUAUACCUGCCUGUUUCUCAUCAUCGCUCUCUCUACAAGUGUCAGACAAUGAUCCCACCUUUUAAUUCCAUUUUCCUUUUUUUUAUUUUUUUAUUUAUUUCUUUAACAUAUUACCUCUUUUUCAGCCUUUUUUAUGUGGUCUGUUCCAUAAGUCAUGUUGCCGUGACCUUCACGUCCUGUUUUCUUAACUUAACACUCUCCACCAUUUUGCCUGGAGCUGCAUAUAGAUAUUUUUUUGUUUAUUUUAUAUUUAUGUGCAGAUAGUGUGUUCUUAGUCUUACAGUGCAAUUUGAUACUUCAUUAUCUUUUUUUUACUUUAAUAUCAACUUUUCUGAUAUUCAUAUCGAGUCCAUGUUUUGCAUGUCUGAGGUAAAAACACUUUUGGAAAACCAGCAUCCUUGCCAUUAGUUGUAACUGUUUGAAUAAGUAUGUAGUGGUGUAUAUUGUGCUGAGUUUGCCAUUUUCUAGGAAUUGAAAAUAAAGUAUUUCCAAUCUGUCUGCAAAAUCUUUGCCCACAGACAAACCAAAACCACAAAUAAUUGAAAUGGGUAUUUAUAUUAAACUGGAGAACAUAUUUGUUUCAUUUUCAGAUAUUCUAUAGUUUUGGGAGUUCAGCUUAGUCAUGUCUUGUAUUUUACUUUAUAAAUGAAGUUUUCACUGACUACAGCCUAUGUUAGAUCAUGACUUAUUUCCCAGAAAAUGUGGAAGCCUGGGGUAAGAAAUCCACGAAAUCUGAACCAAAUGUUUGUUUUAAAUUUUUCCUUUUUUUUGGUUUCAUUUUUCCUUUUCCUUUUUCUUCCCCAUGCCAAACAUUUUCCAAAUAUAUUCUUUUUUGGUGGGAUAUUGUAGACCUGCAAACAGUCAUGGCUAACAUGGGCACUCUGGUGUUUCUGGUGACUACGAUUCCCACAAUGCUAGGCCAUAAUUCUCUUAUGCAUUUUAGGUGCAAGCUAAUAAUAGCAAGUUUCAAAAUUGGUGAAUUGUUAGUGUGACACCUCCACUUUAUCCGUGUUGCAGUACUACAUUUGUAACUGUUUAUUAAUCCCGAAACUGCUGCUUGAUGGAAUUAAUCAUCUUUUUGGUUUGUUGACCAUAAGCAUCCAAGCUUUAAAUGUGUCAAUUAGCAUCUUCACUAAAACUCAAGACAAUUGCUCUACCAUAAUUUAUAUAUAUAUAUAUAUAUAUAUAUAUAUAACUCUUUUAAUUUAAAAAAAAAAAAAAAAGUGUUUAAAUUCUGAUUUCCUAUUGCAGACUGCGGCCCCCUGAUUCUGAACACUGCAAGCUGGUGUGGAAUACCUUCCAGAGUCUUCUUGUAACAUAUAACCGUCUGAGACAGGAUGACCAGAGCUUUCUAGUAGAGGUAAUGCCUUCCUAUUUGUGAAUAAAAAAAAAUUUUUUAAAGAAGGGUGAAAUGUAUAGCUUUUUUUUUUUUUGUUGUUGCUAUUUUGGUACUUUAUACUAGAAUAAAAAAUUAUCAGAUCUAUGCAUAUUCAGGUGGCGAGUUCUUCUUAAAGUAAGGCAGGUAGAUGCAAAUAAUGCCAGUUGGGUCCAUUUUGGAGAGGUUGUUGGAGAAUCCACAAGGAGGAAAGAGGAGCAAACAGCCUCGGGCCGGUACCCAUCAUUACAUGGACAAAGCUGAUGAUUUCACAAAUUGAUGCCUGUAGUUUGGACACCAGCUGUAAACUCAGUUUUGCUAAAUGAAAACCAUCAGAGCGGGACUAUGAGAAAUUAGCAGAAUAUGGCGGGAGCAGAUUUUAGUCAUCUUUUUUUUAAUAUAUAUAAAAAUAUCCAACCUCUGGCACUCAACCUUAAACCGUUAUUACCAGUAACCGAACCCGGGUGCCUCCCAGCAAUAGUAUAACUGAAAUGAAGACAGGAGCACUCUCUUGGAUUUCCAAAAGUGUUAUUCAAAGAAUCACCACCUCUACAUCGACGUUUCGACCCUUCAUGGUCUUUAUCAAGAUCGAAAGUGUCGAAAUGUCGAUGUAGAGGUGGUGAUUCUUUGAAUAACACUUGUGGAAAUCCAAUAGAAUGCUCCUGUCUUCAUUUCAUAUAUAUAUAUGUGUGUGUGUGUAUGUAUAUAUACAUAUAUAUAUGUGUGUGUGUGUAUGUAUAUAUACAUAUAUAUAUGUGUGUGUGUAUAUAUAUAAAAAAAAGAGCAAGGAACACAACGUUCCAAGUCCCUGUAUAGCCGCCGCACCCACCACCUCAAAACCUCCCCAAAAGGGGGGCAGUGGCUGCAGGGGUCACGCAGAGACCAACGUACCAGUAUGAGACUCCAGCUGUCUCAGAGGGGCUUAACCCCAAAUAUAAACACAAGAACAAAGAAAUAUGCAGACCGUCUCAAUUAUAUGAAUGAAACUUACUGCAUUGACUGGAAAAAAUAUAUCUAUGUAUAGCGCGAUGUUCCAAAUAUAGAACCUGGCUAUUAGAAAUAAUAUGGUCAGAGACCCUAAUUAAACAAAGUAUAUACAAGUGAACCUACAAUCCUAUGCCAGCCCAGGGUAGUAUAGAUCAAGAGGUAGUAAAAAAGAUAACCUCACUCCCCCUUAUAAUUAAGCUUUAUUGUGAUCUGCUAUAGGGAUAGGAGUAUAUAGUAGCUAAGUCUCUAUAAUCCAUGCAUCCUAGGAAGUAUCCUGGUCACACUAGAAACAUAUUAAGAAAAACAGAGAGAGAUAAGGACUGAAAAUAGAAGUAAAAAAAUCAGUCAAAAACAGACUGAUAAUUAGCAUUAAUAAAGCCUCUCUCCCUGUAAAGCUAGCUAGAUAGGCAUAGGAAAGAAAAGAAGAAAACGAUAUAAAAUAAAGUUAAAUUAAAUGGUGAUCAUGGUGCUCCAAACACCAGUGCCCAGUGCAGAAAAAACGCCCAACGUACGUUUCGGUGCAGAGAGAUGCACCUUCGUCAGGGGCCAACAGAUAACUGAAGAGAAGCCUCUUAAAUACCCCAAUUGCCAGGAAGCAUGAUUACCUUGUAGCCAAUGGAGUGUGGGGGUGUAUACCUCCCCAGCUGCCUCUAAUAUCCUGGCUAUUCCUCUGUGAUUGCUAAUGCUCAUUCAUCUGUAUGAAGGGGAAAUCCCUCAGCCGGUCACGUGACCUGUGAUGUCAUGCGUCACGUGACGUAUCCGGCAUUCUCCUAACGGGGCGUGGCUCAUUCAUCAUAGUGCUGCAGUACCGCCCAUCUGAGCCUCUCCUGUCCAUCAUCCU